AUGGAAGUGACCACUAGCCUCCAGGAUGAGCUCGACGGCUUCGUUCGAUACUGUCGACUGGGACUUUUUGAGAAAGCUGAAGAGGUCUAUGAGUGGAUCCUUAUCGAUGAAGAGGCACGAUUCCCAGUGACUGCAGAACGUGCCGACUCGCUCCUCGAACAAGGUCACUACAGCGAUCUGUCAAAUUUUCUUCAGAUAAAGCUUGACAAGGCAGAAGAAUUCGGAUUCGAACAACUUGAAACUUCCUAUCUAGCUCUUCUAAAAAGUCUCGCUGACCUUUACGAUAAUGGAGAUAUCAAUAAGGCCGUGGAUCUAGCCGAAUCAUGGCGUCAAGAAUCUAUAGCUCAUAUGGAAUCGGGAGAGCUCUCUGUUGUGGAUUCUCUUUCACUCCGAGUGUAUCUCUGCAUUACAAGGGCAUAUUCAACUUUAAACAACCUCAGCUAUGAGGACACGCAACCACCCUGGUAUGGGAAACAGAUCGGGGACCAUUGGUCUGGAUUCUGCGACCUGUUUUGCGAAACGAGUGACAAUCCUGCCACUACCUGGGACGCUCGAGGUCUCUUUCAACCGCUGAUCACAGUACUCACUCCUGAGGCCGUUGCCAGUCUUUCCAGUCACUGGGUAUCUAAGCGACGGGAAACCAUUGACCCAGGCGAGGAGGAGCUGCUGGCAGAUUUAUCAAUCACCACUGCUUAUGCUCGCUUCCUAGCCACCAACGUAAAGAAAGAAGAACAAAAUUUCUUUAAUCUUGCCGACCUCAUCCUCAGAUGCCAGGAUAUUCGCGAAAGGUUGGUCAUCCUUUGCCAAAAUGAUAGUGAUAUCGAUGACACUCAACAAAUGCGACUAUUUUUGGAGCUGGACAGGCUCUCGGACGAAACCACGCCAGUUCUGAAGUCCAACAUCAAAUGCAGCAAGAAAAAGAAGAAAAAGAAGAAAAAGAAGAAAAAGAAGAAAAAGAAGAAAAAGAAGAAAAAGAAGAAAAAGAAGAAAAAGAAGAAAAAGAAGAAAAAGAAGAAAAAGAAGAAAAAGAAGAAAAAGAAAAAGACGAAGAAGAAAAAGAAGAAAAAGAAAGUGCAAGACACAGAAUAA